AUGGAUCUUUUAUACGGGUCUGAGAUCGAAGCGACCAUCGAAUUGAAAGAUUCGGCCAAGUUGCGAGCGUAUACCGAUCGUUUACGUGCUGUUCUAUCUUCAGCACAUAAGUCUGCGCGAGACAAUCUUGACAUUGUGCAACAAAACCAGAAAAUUCUUUACGAUAUGCAUCGUAAGAAAGUGGAAUUUGAGGUAGGAGAAUUGGUACUAAUGGCAAAUACGGCAGGCAACGCAUUAGGAAAAUGGGCAGUUCCCAAACUUGCGCUCAAAUGGCUUGGUCCGUUCCGUGUUUCUAAGAAAAACGGCCCUCUUAACUAUGAAUUAGUGUCAUUAGAAAAAGCUCGGAUCCACUUCAGAAAUUGACUCCCAUCAGCCCACGUAAAACUUUUUGCUCGUUCGAUUAAAAAAUUAUCUUUCUAUAAUGUACUGUUAUUAAAAGAGUAUUCCAAGCAGACGAGUUUAGACAAAAAAGCGUGUUUUGAGAAAAAGCGCUGUGCAUUGGCUAAUCCGUUUUAGGACUUGUAAGAGAAUGCUUAUAAUUUUUGAACGCAAGCGCACACAGAGUGGUGCACCUUCAAAGUCGCGUGUUCGAUCCUUAAAUUCAGCCA